AUGGAAGCUGCUAUACCAGAGUUUGACCGUACUGGCUCUCAAUCUGACUUGAAGGACCGUUUCUAUAGAUACUUUCAAGAAGCAUGCACCGAACUACAGGAGAAGAUGGCUCAGCUAGAGUCUCUCUCCUUGGUCGGCGGCGAGAGAAAGGAUGCUGUUGAUCAUCUUCUGGCUGAAAUUUCAAGGCUCACGAACGAGGUCGCGGAUCUCACCGGAUCAGUUCCUGCUUAUGACCAGCGAAUAUAUUCACAAGCCAUCAAAGCUCUCCAAGAGAAGCUGCAAGAGACUCGGGCAAGGUUGGAGCCAAAGCCAAGGUUCCAGUUCAAGACCACGCACAAAAAUAAGUCAGCUAUAUCUAUCAAGGAUGCAGCUGAAUUAGCUGCCCAGAAGGACAUUGAACACCCUAGUGACAAGUCAGGCCUUGGCUCUUCAAACGAGUCAUCCCUGGCUACGACCCCAGCCAAUCUUAUCACGCCACCAAGUGAGGUUGAUUCAAAGGACACUAUUGGAGAUCUUCCAUCAUUCCCGAAGAAUUACAAUGAAGAAAUCAUGAAACUUGGCGGCGGGCCAGUUCGGAAGCCAAGCUUUUCGCAGGCAACAAAUGUCAAUAUAUCUAAUCACACCGGUCUCCAUAUCAUUCUCCCCUCAUCAGCCUCGCACGCAACUGCCUCUGGGUCCUUGACUAAGCUUAAUAGAUGCAUUGUCGACAUGUCAGUACCUACAGCGAAUGGUGCUCCUUUUGCUGGUCUUGCACUGAAGAACAUCAAACAUUCUCUGAUAAUUGCUGGUCAAGUGGCUGGUGCUGCUCAUAUCACUGGAGUCGAGGAUAGCAUCAUCGUUGUUGCUUCGAGGCAAGUGAGAAUGCAUGAUUGCAAGAAUGUAGAUAUCUACCUACAUUGUGCGAGUCGUCCCAUUAUUGAGGACUGCAGCAAUGUUCGAUUCUCUCCUAUCCCAGAAUGCCAUAAAGUUAUCGGCGCGGAGCCUGUUGUCAAUCAAUGGGAUCAGGUUGAUGAUUUCAAGUGGCUCAAAGCCGAGCACAGUCCAAACUGGAGUAUCUUACCGGAAGAGCAGAGGCUCAAAGAAGAUGUUUGGGUGACAGUUGUUCCAGGUGGACCGGGAGUUGGUCUUGACGAUAUUCUAAAAAAGACUGGACUUACUGGUCGAUGA